AUGAGCAUACCUAUUGGAGUUGCUCUUGGUGAUAUCUAUGGUGGACUGGUUGGAACUGGUUUAGGUUGGCGCUAUGCAUUUUUUGGCGAAGCAAUUCUAAUGCUUCCAUUUGCUAUUUUGGGUUUUGUAAUGAAACCUUUGCAAAUGAAAGGCAUGUCGAAUGCUAAAAUCAUCCCGUGGUUCUUAAAUGAAGAGUUCUCAAAGAAAGAUUCCAGCUAUGUUUCAUAUACUUCAAAUCAGUUAUCAAGAUUUUGGCAAGAUAUGAAAGCUCUUUUGAGUGAGAAAGUAUAUGUUGUAAAUGUUCUAGGUUACAUAGUGUAUAAUUUCGUCUUUGGUGUAUAUUCAUAUUGGGGCCCAAAAGUUGGUUAUAACAUAUAUCAAGUGGACAAUGUUGAUUUAUUAUUUGGAGGAAUCGUAACUGUUGGUGGAAUUGUGGGGACAAUAGGAGGAAGUGUUAUUUUGGAUCGCAUAAAUUCGACAAUCCCCAAUGCAUUUAAGAUUCCACCAUUAAAGCAUAGACUGAAACCAAGAAGAAAAAGUGGGUUUGAUUUUCCAUUGUUGAAACCCAUCGAAUCUCAAUUCACCGUUAACAUAGGGGUGGGGCGAAAAAACGGAAAACCCCUGAGCAGCCUAUACGUUUUCUUGGUUCUCAUUUUAAUUGGGGAGAUUCUUGUUGAUGCCACUCAGGGUCCGGUGAAUCUUGUGUGUCUCCAUUCUGUUAAACCAAGUUUACGACCAUUAUCAAUGGCAAUAUCUACUGUAUCAAUUCACAUCUUUGGUGACGUGCCCUCCCCGCCACUUUUUGGAAUCCUACAGGACAAAGUUGAUAACUGGAGGACAUCUAUUUUGAUCUUAACGUCAAUAUUGUUUUUGGCAGCCGGAAUAUGGUUUAUAGGUAUCUUUCUUCAUAGUGUCGAUAGAUAUGAAGAAGAUAGCGAGCAUUUGGGGACACGUAUUGAGCAGCCAGAUAUGACACCUUUGCUUGAAUCUGAUGUGGCUAAUGGAGAUAUUACUUCUGCGUUAUUAUAA